CCUAGUGAUCAAGCGCUUGUAUAUAAAUAUCUCACCUCCGUCACUCCAGUUUCAAGGAUAAGGUCUUCUUCCUUCGAAUGGUCAUGAGGUCGAUCGAGAAGUAAGCUUAUUUCAGGGAAAUUAAAGGAGCUGGUUCCGGUCAUUACUUGCUAACCUGGAAUUAGUAAGCAUACAGAGGCGCCAUCAUUGCAAUGGAUCCUAAAAUCUAUGAAGCGGCGGCGAAAGGCAACCUGGAGGUCUUGGAACGUGAAAGUCGCGAUCCACUUGAUGGGUUUUUAACAGUUAAUCAAAAUACAAUCCUACAUAUUUGCAUUUCAAGUAUCCUCGUUGAAGAAGAGUUUCCCGCCGCUGGAGGAACCAACUCAGCCACAGCGGCAAGCUUUGUGAAAGAUGUACUGGACAAGUGCCCGUCACUUUUAUUGAAAGCCAACGCGGAUAACGAUACACCGUUACAUGUGGUGGCAAGGUAUGGGCAUGCUUCCAUAGUCGAAGUCCUGAUUAAACAUAAAAAAUUCCAACAUCCAGAUCUUGAAAGUGGAGUACUCGUUGAAGCUACUACGGAGAUGAUUGGAAAGCUGAACAAAGAGAGAGACACGGUCUUACAUGAAACUGUACGUCACAAUCACAUUGAAGUGGUACAACAGUUACUAAUGGAGGUAGAUCCAGAAUUUUCGUUUGGUGCUAAUGUUGCUGGUGAGACCCCACUUUACUUGGCUGCCGAGAGACAUUUUCCAGAUUUGGUGUCAGAAAUUUUAAACAAAUUCAAGUAUCCAGCUUGUGAUGGCCCCUUGGGUAGAACGGCUUUGCAUGCUGCAGCAUUUUGGGGUGAUGAAGGAAUGACCAAAAACAUUUCGGAAAGAUACGGACGCGCUCUAUGUAAACAGGCAGACCAAAAUGGUUGGACUCCGCUUCACAUGGCUGCAUUAUACAUGAACAAUAUUAAGCCAACAAAACUAAUGCUGGAAUUUGAUAGAGAGGUAGCAUAUAUGAAAGACGCAGAGGGUAGGACAGCUCUUCACAUUGCAGCUCAUUGCAACCACUCUUCCGUAACAGGAGAUUAUAUCAAAGUGUCCGGAUUGUUGCGAAGUGGUUGACAAUGAAGGCCGUAAUGCACUCCAUCUCGCCGUGAUGACCAACUGGCGGCCACAUGUUUCGCUAAUGAUCCAAGAUAAUUCGUCUCUCCGGAAUCUUUUGAAUCAGAAGGACAACGACGGGAAUACACCUCUCUAUUACUACUGCAAUUCUUUUCGGUACCACGAGCGUGUCCUGAAUUCUCCAAGAGUUGAGAAAAUGGUCUUCAACAAAGAGAACCAGUAUGCUUGUCAAGUCUUACGUCAAAGCUAUCAAACUGUUCAUGAUCAAUUUAAGGUAACGUAGUCUUUUAUCUGUUCAUGAAAUUUUCUUGGAAAAAACUAUUAAUUUUUUAAAACUAUCGAUGGAUCGACCUUUUCUUUUUC